UUUGAACGCUCGGCCACAAAGCCCCUCCCGACCAUAACAGUCGAACGUGGGAUAAAGAGAGAAAAAGUAAACGGAUGAUCUGCUGAAUACCUCUCAUAUGGCUGCCACCAAUACCUUCUUUCCUCUCAUCCCCUCACUAAAACAAAGUGUUCCCUCCCUUAAUCCAUGGAAUUCCUGCAAACACAUUUCGAGUUCUGUCACUUUUCACUCCAUCUCAAAUUUGAACCAAAGGCACGAUGUUGCAGUCUCAGUCGCCUUUAAUCCAUCUGGGAAUUACGACCUUUCAUUGUACGAUGACGAAGAUGAUACUCCGAAGGUGGAACCCCCAAUGCCUCCCACAGAAGGGCGUUUUGAUGUAGUUAUAGACAAUGAUAUUAUUCAGCGUCUCGAUAUAUCACCAGUAAUUAGCUCACUUUCAUCAGAUGGUGUCUUUGCAGAGCCAAAAGAGCUUCUUGAACGGAAAGUUGGUUUUACCAUAAAUUAUACAAGAGAGGAUCCAUAUGAUCCUCGUGAACUAUCUGAAUUCCCAGAUCUAAGACUAUGGUUUGUGAGGCUUGAUGCUUCUUAUCCAUGGUUGCCUGUUGUAUUGGACUGGCGAGCCGGAGAGCUUGCUCGCUAUGCAGCCAUGUUGGUUCCUCACCAGAUGAGCAUGAGAAUGGGUGUUGUAUUCAACCCAGAGGCAUUGGAAUUGUUUGCAAUGAAGAAAGCUUUUAUUGUGUACUCUUGGUUGAAGCAACAUAAAAUUCCCAAGUCCAAGUUGAAGACAAGGGACAUGGCUAGAAUGCUUGGAUUUGGUAUAGGGGAUGAAUUGUUUGAUCUGAUUGAUGCACACCCCAUUUCUCCAUCAUAAGCUGAGAAUUUCUGUAGUUCCAAUAUGUGGGACCUUGCAUGGAUAUCCAAUUCCCAGCAAAUUUGUGAAGCUCGUAAGUACUGGCAUUGAGGACAUUGAAUUUGAGAAACAUCCAUAAGAUGCAACAAGAAAGUUAGAGUGGAAGGACAACAGAGAAGUGAAUGCAAUCCUUUUCAAUAACAAGUAGAAUGUUUUGAUGACUGAAGUAUUGUAUUGCUCUUCACAC